AUGGGGAAAUAUAGAGAUGGAAGUGUUUCUGAAGAUGGUGAAAUAAUUUCUUCCUCAGAGGAUGAGAAAAGGUGGAAAAGACGUAAACAUGAAAGAAGUGAUAGGCGUUGUAGAGAUAAAUCUAGCAAAAGAGACAGACAUUUAAAGAAAUCAAGAUAUAGCAGUAAAGAUUAUAGAGAUGAAAAAAGACGAUCUAGAGAAAGGAGUAUUGAUAAAUAUAGACAUAGAAGAGAUAGUAGGAGUCCAAAGAAACAUUAUGAACGUUCAUCAAAAGAUGAUUUUAAAGAGUCACGACAUAGAAAAAAAGAUCGACAUAAACAUGAUUCUGAAAAAAGUAAAAAACAUAGGAGUCGUUCUAAAGAAAGGAAAAGACCAAGAAGCCCAGAAAAAAAUAAUAUAAAAGAUGAAAAUUUCCCUAAAAGCAAAGGAAAUGAUUUUGUACCAAUUGAUUGGGUAGAUGAAAAAUCAGAAGAUGAAGAUGCAGAAGUUCAAAAAAGGCGUGAAAGAAGACGAAAAAUAAUGGAAGGAUUAAUAAGUGAAAAAAUAAAUGAUUGUAAAUCAACAGAAAAUGUUAAAAUUGAAAAUCAAAAACAAUUACAAAUAGAAAAUGAUAUUUUAAAAGCACAACCAAUAUCAGAUGAUGAUGACGAGGAACUUAAAAAAAAUAAUUUAAAUGCUUCAGGUGCACAACCAAUUUCAAAUUCUUCUACUGAAACUGAGUCUAAAGAAGAUAAUGGUAUAGAUCUCCCAACACAAGAAGAUGGAAAUACAUCAUCAAAAGAUUUUUUUGUUCAAUUAAAAGAAAAAAUAGAUCAUAUAAAAAAAAAUUCAGAAGAUAAAGUUGAUAGUGAUGUAAUAAUGAAAUUAGCAGAAGAAGAAAAGAAACAGGAAUUACCUAUACAUGUUGAGGAGGAAAAACCAACAACUGUAUCAUUUGAUAUGUUUGCAGAUGAUCUUUCUGAUAGUGUACUAGAAAAACCUUCUUUUACUAUAGCAACAAGUUCAAAUAAUCCUAAUUUAAAAGAUAAUUAUGAUGAUACUGAAGGUUAUUAUCGUGUUCGAAUUGGUGAGACAAUAUUAAAAAAAUAUCAUGUUAUUGGAUAUACAGGAGCUGGUGUUUUUGGAAAUGUUGUAAGAGCAAGGGAUGUUAAACAAAAUAAUAUGUUAAUUGCUAUAAAAAUUAUUAGAAACAAUGAUUUAAUGUUAAAAGCUGGUAAAAAAGAAUUGGAAAUUUUAAAUAAAUUAAAUGAAGCAGAUCCUCAAGAUAAAUAUCAUUGUUUGCGAUUGUUAACUUCAUUUUCACAUCAUAAUCAUUUAUGCUUAGUAAUGGAAAACUUGAGCAUGAAUCUUCGAGAAUUAUUAAAAAAAUAUGGUAGUAAUGUUGGUAUACAUAUUAGUGCUGUUAGAGCAUAUGCACAACAACUUUUUUCUGCACUAGGAUUAUUAACAAAAUGUUCUAUUUUACAUGCUGACAUAAAACCGGACAACAUUUUAGUUGAUGAAUCAAAAAUAAAAUUAAAACUUUGUGAUUUUGGUUCAGCUCUUCAUAUUGCUGAUGCUGAAGUUGCACCUUUAUUAGUAUCUCGUUUUUAUCGCGCUCCUGAAAUUAUGAUGGGACUACCAUAUGAUUAUGGUAUUGAUAUGUGGAGUGUUGCUACAACUUUAUAUGAAAUUUAUACAGGCAAAACAAUGUUUAAAGGAUGUCAAAAUAAUGAAAUGCUUAAAGUUAUAUUUGAAUUAAAAGGAAAAUAUUCAAAUAAAUUAAUAAGAAAAGCAAAAUUUAAAGAUGAACAUUUUGAUAGUAAUUGUAAUUUUGUAUAUCAUGGAAGUGAUAAAAUGACAUUAGAUAAAAAUAGCUUUUGUACAUCUGUAAAAAUUUCAAGAAAUUUAGAAGAAGAACUUCGUGGGAAUCAAAUUUUAGAUAAGGCAAAUUACCAACAAAUGCUAAAAUUUAAAAGUUUGUUAGAGGAAAUGACAGUGCUAGAUACAACUAAAAGAAUCACUUGUAUAAAGGCUCUCCAACAUGCGUUUAUUGUUGAAAAAAUAUAA